CCAUCGAUCAUGCCUGGUUACUCAAAAUUGUCUAUUUGCGAAAAUGGCAAGUCUUUUGAUCCUAAAUACCUCUGCCCCAAAUGUGAGAAGGUUUUAAGGGAUCCAGUUCAGACGAGCUGCGGUCAUCGCUACUGCAAAACAUGUGUGGAGCCACUGUUGAGGUCACCCUCUCCAAAAUGUGUGGUGGAUAGUGAAGAGAUCGGAGAGACAUUUGAAGACAAGUUUGCGCAGCGUGAAAUCCUGUCGUUACCAGUCCAGUGUACAAACCACUGCGACGGCUGCGAGUGGAGUGGGGAACUGGGGAAGUUGGAGAAUCACGAGGCCCAGUGCCCCUAUGUUAAAAUCCAAUGCGUGCAUCCCAGUUGCGGAGCCUUCGUGCGGAGAGAUGACUUAUCUCGGCAUCUUGAGGAGGAGUGCAGCUUCAGAGAGCAGCAGUGUCAGUAUUGUCAUAUGAUGACUACAGCUGAUAGGCUUAAGGAACACCAUGAAAAGGAGUGCCAAGAAUACCCUACUGACUGUUUGCAUUGUAAAACUGAAAGCAUUCCACGAAAGCAGCUUUCGAGUCACCUUGAUCCUGUUCAUGGAGACUGCGAAGCUAUUGAAGCCCCGUGUCCUUAUCAUAAAGUGGGAUGCAAACAGAAGGGGGCAAUGAAACGGAAAGAACGUACAAGACACCAGGAUAAACAAGUAACCGAACAUUUGAACCUCCUUUUUCUGUUCGUGGACCAAUUAUCCAGUUUGUUUCAUUCCAAACUUGGCGAAGUUGACGCAGGAGUCAUUUCUAAGAUGGAUGCAAUCCUUAAAACUUUACAGAGCAAGGUAGAUGCCAUAAUCGGUGAAAAUUCUGAUCUAACAUCAAUGGUACAAGGACAUGGCACUCGCAUAAGUAAUUUGGAGCAAAGUAUUAAGCGUUAUUUAAUGGAUGACGUGGAAACAGACAGUGCUCCCUUAAAUUCAUCAGCACAUCGCUCUUCGCUGGCUGAAAUUGAGAAUAUUCUUCAAAGGUUGGGGAAUCAGGAUGCCAAGACAGCCAAUCAUGAAGCUCUUUUGGUUGAAUUUAACUCAGAAAUGCAAAAUAGAAAUAGAGAAUUAAGAAGACUGGAGGCUCAGCUUAAAACUGCUAAUGAUGAAAUAAGAAAACUUCAACGACGAACCGAGUAUCUAGAACAUACUUUAAGUGCUAGGAACUUUGCUAUAGCUGAGCUAGAAGAUUAUGUUAGGCAAGAACAGUUAUCAAGCUACAAUGGUGUGCUUUUAUGGAAAAUCACCGACUUCGCCCGAAAACGAAAUGAGGCGAGAACAGGCCAACACGUGUCUACUAAAUCUCUCUGUAAGAACAUAUUGCAUACCCUCUCCCAGGAGAAACCUGUACAAUAA